UGGCCAGGUGCUCCUUCAGUCUCUGAUCCAAGCUGAAGUGGAGCAGCUUUGAGCAAACACCUGUUUUCCUCUGUCUAAUGACGUUAGAUUCGGUCAGGUCUAGCCCUCUUAAACGAUUUUCUUCCACAUUUGAUCAGGAGUAUGAUGGUGAGCGCAAUUCAGAAGGUGAGCGACAUGGACGUGGAAAAGCACGUCUGCCCAGUGGUGAUACAUACGAUGGAGAAUAUGAGCACGGUUUCAGAAGUGGACGGGGGACCUACAGAUUUAGAAAUGGUGCUUGCUACAUUGGAGAAUAUCUUCAAAACAAAAAGCAUGGCCAGGGUAUUUUUUUUUAUCCAGAUGGAUCAAAAUAUAAAGGAGACUGGGUGAAUGACCAGAGACACGGCUAUGGAGAGUAUACAUACGCAAAUGGAGACACCUAUACUGGAGAAUGGUUUAACCACAAUAGGCAUGGGCAAGGUACAUAUGUCUAUAAAGACACAGGAUCUAAGUAUGUUGGUGGUUGGGUAGACGGAAACCAAGAAGGAGAAGCUGAACUUAUCCACCUAAACCAUAGAUUUAAGGGCAAGUUUUGGAAUGGAAAUCCUGUAGGUCGUGGCAAAUAUGUCUUUGAUAUCGGCUGUGAGCAGCAUGGUGAAUACAUACAAUCAGAACAGGAAAAAGGAGAGGGAGAAGAAGAGGAGGAACCCUCUUUUCUUGUACCAAAAUGGAAAGCAUCAGAAAUUACCAAAUUAACACUCUGGACUCCACAUGGGGAAAACCCGCCUUCUCCCAGAGAAGCCUCCCUAGCAGCAGCAGGAGCAGAAGCAGUGGAAGAAAGAGCAGCAGGAGCAGUAACUGAAGAGGUGAAAAUCCCAUCAGUUGCAGUCACUGAUGAGUCUGCUGAAGGUGGGGAUGAUGAGCCUUCUCUUCAUGAAGUAUCCAGUGAAGUUUUUAGCCCAGCAAGGGAUGAAGGAGAGGAAGAUGAGGAAAGCAGAGAGGAAGAAAACAACAAAGAUCUGGAGGAUCAAGGAACUACUAGUUUAGAGGAAAAGGAGGAUGAAUCAAAGGAAGCAGAGUAAUUGGAUACAACUAAAGACAGAGAGCCAAGAAAAGGAAAUCACAGAAUGAAUAAUUUAUUAUGGUAAACCUGCAAUAUUUUUAUUCAUAAAAGGCUGAGUUAAGAUAUUUUGAAUAAACAUUUCUAUCACU